AUGGACAAAGGCCUGAGUCACUCAUUCUUGGACCGGCACAGGCCGUCGAUGCUGGUGCUGGCAUCCCAACUCUCUGCCGCGGCACUAAACGGCUUUGCCAAGUUUUUCGAGACGGGCGAAGACCCAGUACACCCAUUCCAAGUUCUAUUCGUCCGGUUCCUUAUCACGGGUACGGCAUGCACCGUCUACCUCUGGUUCACGAAAGCUCCAAAUUUCCCGUUAGGAUCACCAGAAUUGAGAUGGCUACUAGCUCUGAGGGCAGCGGCCGGUGUUUUUGGAGCCUUUGGUUUCUAUUUUUCUAUCAUGCACCUUAAGCUUAGUGAAGCAACGGCCUUGAAUUUCCUUGGGCCGCUCACUGCCAUGAUCUUGAUUCGGUACCUAGAUUAUGGAACCUUCGAGGUUAUUGAUCGGAUCGGGGCCUUUGUCGCGCUGGUUGGUGUGAUCCUCGUCGUCCAGCCAGACGCGCUAUUUGGCUCUAAUCCAACACUUGCAACCGCUGCUCAGUCAAUUACCGAUGGGACCCCGAAAGGCAGAAUGAUGGGUUUCGGAUUCGGGUUGAUUAGUGUGUGUGGUGGAGCGGUGGCGCUUACGGCGAUUCGCUCCAUCGGUACACGCGAGCACCCUCUGAUGAGUAUCAUGUACUUUGCUUGGACGAUUGUCAUUGUAUCUACUGUGGCAUUCCUUCUCAUAGACAGCGUUCAUCUCACAACAACAGUUCUGUCGUGGAUAAAGUUGAUACCCCUUGGCAUCUUCGGCUUUGUAAUGGAAUUUCUUCUCACUGCAGGAAUAGCCAACGAUGUCUCAUCAGCUGCUACGAUCAUGAUUUAUUCUCAGGUCGGAUGGGCGUUACUACUGGAUUGGAUUGUAUUCCAGUCUCAAGUUAAUCUCUUGACGCUGAUUGGCAUAGGCGGUGUUGUAACUAGCUUGGUCGUUGUUUCUUCAGCCAAGGAGUGGAAAUGGCUACGGAAAGGUCGAUAUGAAGUGGUGGAACAAGAUUCCCUUAAUGAAAGAGAGCCAGACGAAGAGAGAGUAGAGAUGAGACUAAACAGCUCAGUGGCAUGA